AUGCGUUUCAAUUCUGUACUUUGCGUGCUGGGAGGGGCGCUCAGCGUGGCAGCGUUUAGCGUCAAGGAUGCGCGCUUGCGGUUCCCCCACGCGAAUCGGGCAGAUCUGGCACUCGGGGCGGCGAGUGGCACCCUAAAGAAGGCGGCGGCAGCAGUUACGUUAGGUGCCGAGGAUGGCGAGGUACGCGUGGAGCUCGCGGUGGACGGGCCGGCGCCGGAACAGGCGUCCCUUAUGGUGACGGCGAAGCAGCACGCGGUAGACUGGGUGCUGCCGCGGGCCGCAGAGCGUCCUGCGCGGGACAUGACACACAGCUUUGUGCUGGACGUCGCGGAGCUGCCACGCGAGCUGGUGGCACUUGCGCAGGCGGACGGCGAGCCAUUGGCGGUGUCGGUGAUCCUGGCGAGCCCGGGCGCGGAUGGAAACGUCUUUGCAGAGCUGUUCGACCUGGACGUGGGGCCUGUCUCUGCAGACGUGCCCUCUGUGGGCAAGGCGCUACCAGAGAUUCGCCACGUGUUUAAUCAGCAACCCAAGACUGUCGCGCCCUUUUUCGCCCUUGUGUUCUGCGUGGCGGUCGCUGCAUGCGUGGUGCCGGUCGUUGGCGUUUGGAUGGCCACGGUUGGCGGGGUCUCCAACCGCGCGCCAGCAGGCUCGCCGCUGAACUCGGUGGGCUUUCUCGGCGCGAUUGUGGCCGCGGAGGUCACGUUCGCACGCUACUACCUGGGAAGCAGCAUCUUCACCACGCUGGCAGCGUCGUUCUACGUCGCCGUCGCACUGCUGUACUUUGGCUCGCGCACGCUGCGCUGUCUGCCAGGCGGCCAGGCCGCCACUACACACUAG